AUGUACAUGUGUUCUAAUUAUGCGAAAGUUUCUAAAACAUGCGCACCGUCGCCAACGUUUGCAAAAACCAGGCUGCAGGUUCUUUGCUCGUUGUUUUGGGGGGGAAUGGCUGGGUACGGUGACCAGGACAACAGACAGGACUUUUACGAGUCUGGAUAUGAUAUGGACGGAGUUCAGCAGGAGCAGCAGGCGCCUCCGCCGGCAGUUCAGCAGGGAGGCUGGCAGCAAAUUCCUGCGCAGGAUCAGCAGGCACAGUGGGGGAGUCAGCAACAAGUCUACUACCCUCCGACCGUGGGCUACGUACAGCAGCAAGGCUACGGACCACAAGAGUACCAGUCAUCAGGGCCAGGUGUGGCAGGAGGGGAGACAGAGCCAGGGAGUCUGGGUCAGAUGGAUGGGGGAGAAGACACCGGGGCCCCCAGCUACGGCACUUCAUUUGAGGACGAGCCCCCACUCCUGCAAGAACUUGGAAUCGACUUUCAGCUCAUCAAACAGAAGACGCUGUCGGUACUGAACCCACUGCAAGUGACUGAUUUACGAAUCGUCAACGACACGGACCUGGCAGGCCCUCUCAUCUUCUGCCUCCUCUUUGGAGUUGUACUUCUGUUGAGUGGCAAGGUUCAGUUUGGCUACAUCUAUGGUGUCAGUUUCAUGGGCGCUCUCUCCAUGUUCCUUGUCCUCAACCUGAUGAGCAGUCAGGGGGUGUCUGCCAGCUGCGUGGUGAGCGUCCUCGGCUACUGCCUCCUCCCCAUGGUCCUCCUCUCCUGCAUAUCCAUCGUCACCUCUCUCCAGGGGAUCAUUGGGACCGCUCUCUCACUCCUCAUCAUAGGCUGGUGCAGCUACUCAGCCUCCAAACUGUUUGUCACUGCUCUGGCCAUGGACUCACAACAGCUCCUCAUUGCUUACCCCUGCGCCCUGCUCUACGGCGUUUUUGCAUUGCUCACAGUUUUUUGAAUGCCUGUUUCUCACUUCAUGAUCAUGGUGAAUGGUGAACUGUGGCCUCGUUCCCAAGCUAUUUUUGUUUGUGCCAUCGACCGGAAGUUGUUUGAUCCGCGCGUGUGAGCGGUUAUG